CGUCGGCAUAUCGAAACGACGGUCAAUCGAAAUUGUUCAUCCCUAGAAGAAGACGAGAAAAAAAAUAAUAUAUAAUAAUAGAAUAUUUCACCGUGAUAAUAUUGCCAAGCAUUGUUUUCCGCGUCUUCGCCGUCGGUAGUUGGGCAACUUUCAGAUCGACCACAAAGCCAGCGCUCGCAGGGCCCCAAAGCAGCCGGACAAACGGCACCAGAAACGAGACAUCAUCGACAGGCCAACCACAACGACAGCCCAACCACAUCCACAAAUCCACAGCCGAACCCAAAUCCAAAUCCAAAACCGAAUCCCAACCCAAAAUCCAAGCCCGUUUCGAGUGAAAAGAGAGCGCAGCAGCCAGCGAAAUGCCACUGUUCGGGAAGUCGCAGAAGUCGCCAGUGGAGCUGGUCAAGUCGCUGAAGGAGGCGAUCAACGCCCUGGAGGCGGGCGACCGCAAGGUGGAGAAGGCCCAGGAGGAUGUCAGCAAGAAUCUGGUCUCCAUUAAGAACAUGCUGUACGGGAGCAGUGACGCCGAGCCGCCGGCGGACUAUGUGGUGGCCCAGCUGUCGCAGGAGCUGUACAACAGCAACCUGCUGCUGCUGCUCAUCCAGAACCUGCACCGCAUCGACUUCGAGGGCAAAAAGCAUGUGGCGCUCAUAUUCAACAAUGUGCUGCGCCGCCAAAUCGGCACCCGUUCGCCCACCGUCGAGUAUAUCUGCACGAAGCCAGAGAUACUGUUCACCCUGAUGGCCGGCUACGAGGAUGCGCAUCCGGAGAUCGCCCUGAACUCCGGCACAAUGCUGAGGGAGUGCGCCCGAUACGAGGCGCUGGCCAAGAUCAUGCUGCACUCCGAUGAGUUCUUCAAGUUCUUCCGAUACGUGGAGGUGUCCACCUUCGACAUUGCCAGCGAUGCCUUCUCCACGUUCAAGGAGCUGCUCACGCGCCACAAGCUGCUGUGCGCCGAGUUCCUGGACGCCAACUACGACAAGUUCUUCUCGCAGCACUACCAGCGGCUGCUCAACUCCGAAAACUAUGUGACGCGGCGGCAGAGCUUGAAGCUGCUGGGUGAACUGCUGCUGGACCGGCACAACUUCACCGUGAUGACGCGCUACAUCUCCGAGCCGGAGAACCUCAAGCUGAUGAUGAACAUGCUCAAGGAGAAGUCGCGCAACAUACAGUUCGAGGCGUUUCACGUCUUCAAGGUGUUCGUGGCGAAUCCCAACAAGCCGAAGCCCAUCCUGGACAUCCUGCUGCGCAACCAGACGAAGCUGGUCGACUUUCUGACCAACUUUCACACGGACCGCUCCGAGGACGAGCAGUUCAACGACGAGAAGGCCUAUCUGAUCAAGCAGAUAAAGGAGCUGAAGCCGCUGCCCGAGGCUUAGUGGGACCUGGGCCUUGGCUCCAACUUCAGCUCCAGCUCCAACUCCAGAUCCAGAUCCAGCGUCCCGGGGGCAAAAGGACCGUAGCCAGAAGCGAUCGAUACGGAAGCCGAAGCAGAAGCAGAGCGAGAGCGCGAGCGAUGGUGGGUUAGAAGGAUGUGAACAUGUUUUGUGUGUGGGUUUAAGCAAAUAUAUAUUAUAUAUGUAUACUAUAUUUUGUGACGAUGAUGACUCUACACUUGUGAGUAACUAAACAAUAAUUUCGACAACAACAACAACACUGAUACUGAUGAUACUGAUAAUUAACGAUAAAGCGAAUUAGAAAACCAACAAAAAGUACGAGUAAAUAGCGUAAAGCCGAAAAAGAACCGAAGAGAGUUUCGAAUUUAACAUAGCCACAUUUAGACAUUCUGGGCCUAGAAAUCCACUAUCUUACCACAUAGGUUUUACCAAGCGUCGAUCCUCCCCCAAAACCUCUUGUUUCCCUUUCGAUUUCCAUUUAACUAGUUGUUGUAUUUGAAAUUCGAGCGUCUUUGAAACGAAAUACCCCUAUCCCAACACCCCACGACCUGCCACGCCUCCUUUGCGCCCCCAAACAAAACAAAAACUGAAGAUUCACAAUGAGUUUUGACUUAAAAAUGUAAUUCCACGCAAAAUUCAUGAAAAACGAAAACUAAAUACUGCAUAAUAAUAAUUCAUAGUGAUAAUUGUCCUUGCAUCCUUUGGCAUGGACUCUAUUAUAUAUAUACCUAUAUAUAUAUAUAUAUAUAUAUAUAGAAAGAGAGAGAGAGCAUUCAACACACACACACACACUACACACAUGCAUACGUACAUAGUUAAAAGGGAAGUAAAACAAACAAAAACAACAACAUUGCAAGCAACAUAAUAACUAUAUGAUUAUUAUAAUUUAUAUUAUUCCCAAAUUAAAGAUAACAGCCAAACUAA